CAAUACAAGGUGACAUUUGUGCCAUUUCUCUGUCAUUUUAAGUUAAUUAACUAACAAGUUGCAUUGAAAAUAAACACGAAAAAGUGACAAAAUUUCCUAAUCUUGUUUGGCUAUGGCUGAACGGAUUCGUCGAAAGGAUUUCGAUCAAAUUUGUCGCCUGUGUCUGGUGUACGCAUCCGAUAAAACAGAUCUAUUUCCUCUGUACAUAAGCGAAGCUAACAUUCCUGGAUUCUACGGUCGCUUCUUAAAAGAGUUCAAAGAAAGUUUACCGGAAGUUAUCACGGCUUGUAUUGGCAUUGAGAUCGAUCCGUCCGAAAAACUGCCCUUAAGGAUAUGCUCCAAUUGCGAAAGGCAGUUGAUCGUGUCCAAUCAGUUCCGACAAACGUGUUUACAAUCCAAUGAAUAUCUCAUUAAAUUACUGAAGACUGACGAGAUCGAUGAUUUUGAUACAGACGACGAUGUACCGCCCAAUUCUUUGGAAUAUCCGGAACUCAUCAUUGUCGAUAAAAUCAAAGAUGAAUUCAAAGAGGAACAGAUGGAAACGGAUUCAUCCUGUGAUUCCGUUUGGGUGGAUAACCUUAGCGAUAAUUUGCAAACUGAAACGAAUGUCCAAGACAAAAUCGACGAUGACGAAAAACCUGUGCUUUUAAGCACCGACAAAGAUGUGAUAAAGAAGUCUGCCACUAAGCGAACGAAAACGAUACCUUUGAUUACACCAUCAACGCCAAUAGUACCUGUUGACUGUAACAAUUCCGAGAAAUCCCAGUCAAACAUAGAUGUGCCGAAGAGUACAGUCAAAUAUCACUACCCCAAGAAGCAGAAAAUGUGCACAGUGUGUGGAAUAAUUGUUGAUCGACUGAGAGACCACAUGCGAACGCAUCCGGAUGCAUUGGAACACAAAUGCACGUUAUGUUCAAAGAAGUAUUUGACCACGAAAGGACUCACCAAGCACAUUAGGCACAAACAUACAGAAGAUAGCUCAAUAGAAAUUAGUAACAACUCCGAUGGCGACGGGGGUUGCAACCGAAAUUUGUGGCAAUCGAAUUUGCGCAAACGAUUUCGGCAAAUGGGCGAAACGUACAUUGCUGUCGACGGUACCGAAAAAACUGGCCGAAGUGUUAAGCCGGCUACAUGUCCCAUUUCGUGCUACCUGAAAUGCCAGUCCAAUGUCGACGAGGCACAACGAAGCGAUAUUCACAGAUCGUUUUGGAAAUUGACGGACAACGAAAAGGAUCUCUUCUAUGCGCAAAAUGUUCGAAGGGUUACAGCUGCCCGCAAACGCACCAAAGCCGAACGUUCGCAACGAUCGUUUUCGUUCACUUACUAUUUCGAUGUUUGCGAAAAUGGUGAGCAUUCGAGGCGAGUGCAGGUGUGUCAGAGGUUUUUCGUCGACACGCUCGACAUAUCGAAGGGGCGCGUUUAUUACUAUUUUCAAAAUAUUCACGAUAUCGUCAAGGGAGGGCCGACCAUUGAACGGCAUUUGAAGAAACGGAAAAGCAAAAGUGUUCCCCAGAUGCGUCGAUAGAAUUAAAGAAUCAUUUGGCAAACUUUCGGUGCUUUCAUUUGGUCUUUCUUGUUUUAGUUGGCUGUUUGUCGAUUCGUCGCUUCUCUUAUUUCAUCUCUGUUCCACUUGCCACCCUCCCAAGGCCUAUCUGAAUUGCGACCAUAUGAAACUUGCCUCUAUUUUACUAACGAAAGUCGGA